CCAGGCAUCGAUUUUGGACUUGCACUCUGGAGCUCUUUCAUUGGGGAAGCAUUUUGUUAAUCUGUACAGGUACUUUGGGGACAAAAUUCAAGACAUCUUCACAGAAGAGGAUUUUGCAUUAUAUCGUGAUGUGAGACAGAGGAUUCAACAAAGGAUUGCUCAGGCCUUUGGUAUCAGCUCUGCUUCCAUGUACCUGACCAAGCCAACGUUCUUCUCGAGAAUCAACAGCACAGAAGCCAAGACAACGCACGAUGAAUACUGGCACCCACACGUUGACAAGGUGACUUAUGGCUCUUUUGACUAUACUUCACUGCUGUAUCUCUCUGACUACACUGAAGAUUUUGGUGGUGGACGGUUUGUGUUUAUGGAUGUGGGUUCCAACAAGACCAUAGAGCCCCGAGCAGGCCGGGUUUCAUUUUUCACCUCUGGAUCAGAGAACCUUCAUCGGGUGGAAAAGGUCCACUGGGGCACUCGCUAUGCCAUCACCAUCUCCUUCACUUGCAACCCAGACCAUGGCAUUGGGGAUCCAGUCUUGAUGUAACUCCUCCAGGGAUGGAAUAUGAGGUCAAAUGGAAUGAGAGAAGCCCUGCAAAAGGAGAGAAAAGAGGGAGAUGACAUCUCUUGUAACCUCACAUUCAAUUACAAUUUCCCAGCUGUAUUAAUAUAUUACAAUACACUUUGUUUUCACAUGUCCUUUCCCAUAAAUGUUGCAAACGGUGCCUUAAAGACCAUCUGAAAUUUGAUGUAUUCUGAAAAUGGUUUGUCUUCAUGUCCUGAAGGGAUAGGCCGCAAAGUAGAGUUCCAGAGUGGGCUCUCUUAAUUAUUUUUUUUUAAAACUCUUCAGUUUAAAAGAUACGAUCUUUUGGACUAUGUCCUGAUAUGACUCCCCGUGCUGUUGUUACCUGUUUAUUUAGUCUCUUCAGUUACAAGAUGAGUGUUAUUCUUCUGAACGUACCUUCUGUUGAGAGGAAUGUAUUCUCCGUAGGGUGGGCAUUAAUGGGCAAUACACCUGUGGUUUGACUACUGGGACUUGAAUUCUUUUUUAAUGAAUUACUGCAGACAUUUUCUGCUACAAAUGCGGACUAGUUAAUACAAAGGCAGAAAUACAGUUCUUGGGUUGGCCAGAAAGCCUAUUGCUUUUGGUUUGCAGAUGCUUUGUGCCAGGGAAGGUCACUGCAUGAGAUCCCCCUGAUCAGAAUGCAGCAUUCCCCACUCACCUUGUUUUCUUUGGGUCUUAAUGAAAAUGAUCAGUCCCCUGGUUGGAAGCCUGAUGUCAGGGUUAAGAGCUCUUUAUGGAGAUGGCUUGACCGUGUAACCCCGUACAUUCAGUAAAUACUAAAAAGAAGAGCUGGGCAGAGAACCAGUCCAGCCUCUGGAUUCAUUGGUACCUACUUCCCAGGGAGGGCAGUGGGGUUGGGGUGGUGCCCAGCUGAGGAAAAAGCUAGUUUUGGUGUGGUUUUUCCAUAGACCAGUUCUGGCCUCCUUAGACUGGAUCCUGUAAACCCUGGCUGUGUGGAAGGGCUGGGUAACAAAACCACAUGGACCAGUGGGCUCUGAGCAUAACUGGUGUCCACCUGUGCUUUCAACUGAUACGGUCUCAAGCUGGAGCCUUGAUCGUAAAACACUUGAAAACAUCUAUUUGGCUUACAUGUAAUCUUAAAUCCAAGCUGAAGGAAGCUUUUUUUGUUGUUGUUGACACAACUUCCUAAUUGUGAAAUACUGUGUGUUAUUUUGUCUAAAACAAUGUUUUACCUGUUUCAGAAAGUCUCUCAAUAGCUCUUUUUGGACUUCUCCUUUUUUUUUCAGUUUAGUAUGAAGACUUUUUUCCUAUUAACUAGGACCAUUAGUCUGUGAUGUUCCUUGAAUAAUAAAUUGCAAGGACUUCAGAAGAGAGGGGAUGAUUGCACUGCGGUACAGAAAGUAACAAACAAAUGCAUAAUCUUACCAACUCCCUUGCUUUCUUAUUAGGUGGAUCAGCACAUUAGUAAGUAAAUGGUAGGAAAACCAAUGUUUUUUCUUAAUCAUAUCUUGAAGCAAACAUGUUGAUUUAUUAAUAGUCUGUAUAAUUUCUGUGAAACACUUUGAAAAUCUGGAAUUGUGCUUUGAUUUUUUUUUUUGUUCUGUUUUCAUCUACCCUUUUAUGGAAAUAAUAGGUAUUGGGGGGGGUUACACUGAAGCUCAAUAUUAAGAGGAAUGUUGACAGGACACUUGAACUUGUUCUGCUGUGAGUGUUCACGUUGGCACACCAGCAAGAUUAGUCUUCCGUAAUUUCAUUUCUUUGUACUCAAACUUGACAAAGGCUUCCUUGUGUGUGCUAACGAGGAAGAAUUGUUAAAAUGCCUGGAUGCUAGGAAAUAAUAAAGUCAGUUGGGUUCCAUAUCUAAAUACUUGCCUCGAAACCUGUUAAUUCUGAGAAAUUUGCUUUACACCCAGGUUGUAAGUCUAUGAAGACAGACCAAGAUCAUCAUCAGGUACUUUACUGGCUUAAAAACUUGAUUCCUAACAUUAUCUUGAGAUUUAAAGGUAUGGCCUUUUCCACAAAAAAUAGUUGGUGGCAGUGGAAUAUAAAUGUGAAUGGACCUGGGUGGAUUUGGGUUGGGAUUCUCCAGGUUCCAAAAUGCUUAGCUUCACCCUAAGUCCUGUCACCACUCUGCAGCACUGUCAUAUAAAUUCCUUUAACACCUUUAAAAGUGUUUGUUAGUCACUUCUGCCUGUCGUACAGGCUUUGAGUUGCAUGAAAUGGAAAUGGCACUUUUGGAGCUGCCCUCUAUAAAAUACUGCUCAACAGGAUCAUGUGAGAUCAUGGGGGAAAUCCCAGCUUGUCUCCUUUUGGAUCUUCAUCUUUUGAAGGUCCUGUGUAUUGCAGUAUCUCCCAAACAUGGUGCCUCUCUCAUGCUAUGAACUUACUGUCAUUUAGAAAUAAAAUCAAGUUGGUAUUUGUC